UGUUGAUAAGCCCGUCAGCCCGGGUUCUCAGCCUGCAGUUGUCAGAGGCGCUCGCGGCUGUCUGGGUCUCGAAAAGCUGCGAUCAUGGCUGCUAAAAGCAUGACUCUGCUGUGGGGCUCCGGCUCCUGCCCCUGCUGGAGGGCCAUGAUCGCCCUGGAGGAGAAGAACCUGCAGGGCUACAACCACAAGCUGCUCUCCUUCGACAAGAUGGAGCACAAAUCCCAGCAAGUUCUGGACAUCAACCCCAGAGGACAGCUCCCAACCUUUAAACACGGAGACACGGUUGUGAACGAGUCCUACGCCAUCUGCUUGUAUCUGGAGAGCCACUUCAAGUCUCAGGGAAACCAGCUGAUCCCGGACGGCCCAGAAGAACAAGCUCUGAUGUACCAGCGCAUGUUUGAGGGCCUCACGUUCUACGAGAAGCUCGGAAGCGUCAUCUACUACGAUUGGUACGUCCCUGAAGGAGAGCGGCACGACUCGGCCCUGAAGAGGAACAAGGACGGCCUGGUGGUGGAGCUCGGGCUCUGGGAGGGUUACCUGUCCAAGGGCUCUGGCUCGUUCCUGGCAGGAAAGAGUUUCUCGCUGGCAGACGUGGUGGUUUUCCCCACCGUCGCCUUUCUGUUCCGAUUCGGGCUGUCUGCGGGGCGUUACCCCAAACUGGAGGAGUACUACGCCCUCCUGAAGGACAGGCCCAGCAUCAAAGCCAGCUGGCCCCCUCACUGGCUGGAGGGUCCCGAGGAGGAACUGCUGCUGAAAGACAUCUGAAAGCGCUUUAUUGUUCCCAACUGCUUUAAUGAUCCAAAACACAGCGAUGCAGCUCUGCUUCUUCCUCAGACUGGAAGAUUCCUGCUUCCAGCAGCAGUAGAUUCAUAGAACAAACUGUAAAAGUCCACAGAUGCGUCUGUCUUUAGGAAGUUACAGGAACCCGAUAAACUGACUGUGACCUCUGUGACCUCUGUGACCUCUGCACAAACGUCGCUCCACCUGCCUGUGUCACCGUGACUCUGCAGGUCUGUCUGGCAGCUGUUAUCUGCAGUUCCUGCGCAGACGCAGCUGUGUGCUGGAAGAAAAGCAGUGCAAGAGCAAAACCACCUAGAAGCAGAAUAUUUGUCAAGAAGACACAUUGAUAAUGAAAAAAAACAAAGAAACAUGAGCGUGUGCGUGAAUUUAGAGCUUCUUUUAUCUGAAACUUCUGAAGCGCUAGACGUUUUCGUUUUUUUUCCCUUUGUGUUGCUGUAAAAGAAAAUGCUGUAACUCUGUUUGUUCCUGAUUAAACAAUUCCUAUAAAUUCACUUUUUUUCACAAAUAAAAGCUGAGCAGAAAAAAA